CAACCUUUUUCACCAUUCGAAGGUACUUUGUCAACAAGUCAGUCAAAUCGGGCCCCGUGGAUGUACAUGUGAGUAAUAUUUUCUCCCCUUUGUCCCCCUCGAGUUCCAGAAUAUAAACCUCGAAGGCGCCGAGAUUACACCAUCCCACCAUGUUCACCCCCACUCACAUAGCGGUGUGCUCAUUGGGAGCCGUGUUGGUCGCAGUGGUCAUCAGAAAGCUCACACAGUAUUGGGAUUAUUAUGUUAAGCUCUCAGCUAUCCCCACUGUAGGCCACGCGGGCUUCUUCUCUUCUUACAUCUCAGCGUAUAGAUUCCUCAAACACGGAAGACAGGUUGUUGAAGAGGGAUAUAAAAAGAUAUCCACUAUCAGUACCCGGGUCAAGCAUUCAAAGUUCCCUUACUCGAUCGCUGGCUUGUAAUCAUCUCUGGCCGAGACAUGCUUGAAGACUUGCGAAAAGCUACGGACGAUCAACUGUCUUUUAAGGAAGCUUUCCGACAAAUUUUCAGAACCGACUCUAUGGGUACUGGAUCACUUGACGACGAACCAUAUCACGUCGAAACCAUUCAGGGGCCGCUCACCAGGAACCUUGCAACCAGAUUUAGUGAAGUCUAUGACGAGAUUAACACCGCUUUCGAGGACGAACUUCCCUCUACCGAUGAUUGGGUCAAGGUACCCACGCUUCAGAGGACGCUCAAAAUCGUAUGCAGAGUCAGCAACCGGUUAUUUGUUGGGCUUCCUUUAUGUCGAAACGAUGACUGGAAGGCCUUGAAUAUCUCUUACACAAUUGACUUCUUUCUCACUGUUUCGAAAGUCGGCUUGUUUCCUAAAUUUUUGCAGCCCCUCGUCGCAUGGGUCGCGUCGCCUUUACCAAGGAAUCUCAAACGCGCCAUGUCUCAUGUUGGCCCGAUCAUACAAGACCGAAUAGCUAGGUUCAGAGCUGGAGAAAAUGAUCUCGAAAACGACCUCUUAACAUGGCUCAUUCAAGCUUCUCCUCAACAAGGAAAUACCAAACCCGAGGAGCUGGCGAAACGGUUAUUAGCGACGAAUAUGGCUGCUAUACAUACCACCAGUCAAGCAUUCACUCAUGCGUUAAUCAAUAUUGCUGCCCACCCAGAGUACAUCAGCCCUUUACGCGCCGAAAUGGAAUGGGCCAUCGGGACAGACGGAUGGUCAAAAGCAGCCAUGGGCAAGAUGCGCAAGCUAGAUAGUUUUCUGAAAGAAAGUCAACGUGUCUCCAGUUCCCCCGCGACUAGCGUCCGUCGACUAGCUUCAAAGGAUUUCCGAUUUUCCAAUGGGACAUUGAUUCCAAAAGGAACAAUUAUCUCGGCAAGUCCUUACGCGUUGAAUUUCGAUGAGAACUCAUACGAAAACCCAUAUACCUUCGACGGGUUCCGCUCUUAUAACAAACGCUCCGAACAAGGUGAAAGCCUCAAACAUCAAAUGGUCACUCCCGGAGUGGACUACGUUGCUUUCGGGACCGGAAAGCAUGCUUGUCCGGGGCGUUUCUUUGCAGUGAAUGAGAUAAAGGCCCUAUUUUCUCAUACGCUGCUGCAUUAUGAUGUAAAAUUGGACGAAAGGGAUGCAGCACCGAAGACUGAGAUGGUGGCAGGAAGGAUUCAAACUAACUCGACGACGCAGGUCAUGUUCAGGAGAAGGAAGGAGAAGACUUAAGCUUUUACUACGAAUUUGAAUAGUUGUAUUUCGAGGAACCACAUAUCUCAAAGAUACUUCAUAUGUAAGUAUAUACAAUCCCUCCCGCUAAACACAAGGGAAAACCAAAAUCGAGGUGAACACUCAAGAAGUAAUAAAACGAAA